GAUAAAUCGCUCGUUGACGUUGCGUUUAGAUCAUCUGUUUACACCCCGAUAUCAUCUGUUAUCAGUAUUUUACUUUCAAGUGUCAGUUCUUUCUAACCUGAACAACUUUGUUAAGUUCACUCCACGCCUACUUAAUCUAUUAUUGCUCAAUUGAGGUCCGUUUACAUCACAUUUAUGUCACAUGGGUCAUUUCAGUUUCUCUUUCUAAACCAUUACUCGAAACUGAUUCUAGCAGCAGAUAAAUACCAAUUAAACUUCUUUAAUGAUUAAUCUUCAACCAGCUUUGUGUUUAUCGUCCAGUUCUUCUUUCAUUUCCAAAUUAUGUUUUUCUUGAAUUAUCUGAUUCAAUUUUCAACUUAUUUUUAGUUUGAUUUAAGUAUUGGCUUUGCAGUCAUUUGAAUAUUGCCACAUAUUGUACAAUUUUCAUUUCUCUCUUUCAAUGAUUCAAUUCAAACACGAGAAAGUAUUUUAGCUCUUCGUAACAAUUCAACUCAAACACAAGGAAAUAUUUCAGCUCGUCUUAAUAAUUCAACUGAAACUCAAGGAAAUAUUCCAGCUCCUCUAAUAAUCAACCCAAACACAAGGAAAUAUUUUAGCUCCUCGUAACUCGAUGUCGGGGCCAGUGGUGAUAGUCGCUCUUCUGAGCUGUAUGCAGAUAGCAAGUGCAUUGACGCGGUGUAACUACCAAGUAGACCUGAUUGAGCCCUACCUGGGUGCACAAGAGAACCUUUACUGUUUUGACGAUGACGGAAUCGAUCAUGUUGUUGACGAAAGUUCUCGACUGUGCUCAGAGGACUUCUCUUCAAGAACCGACGGAAUGGAUGUACGAUGUGGAGCUGAAUUCACUUUGGUAGGAUACUCAUUCUAUCCCUGUGACACAGAAACAGGUGUCCUAGCAACCAUUCUGGUAGAGGACGCUACCCUGACCCAACACUCUGCAUGUGUUGCCAAUGUUAACAUUACCCGCGAUGUCUGCACUGGAGUUGAUGUUGCGUCAGAAGUGAGCAAGCUGAAGGUAAACCAGGAGUUCGGAGAUGUCGCAAAUAUUGACUUGGUCCUUGAGGACGAUACUGAAUUUGUGCAAUACGCUUUUGCCUGCGACGAAGGAUUUGGCUUCCAGGCUGAUGUUGAUACCCCAGUUUACGGUUACUGCAGUGGAAACGUCGACGGAAAUUCUUACAACCUUACUUCUUCAGAUGGAUGUUACGAGUUGUGCUCACCCGACAACACAAACCAAGAAGGAGUCACUCUGAAUUUGGAUGAGGGAUCCCGACAUGGAGCUAGCGUUUCCGCUGAGGUUGUCUGCCCAAGUGGAUUUGAAAUCGCUUUCGACGCUGAGGCAGAGUACUCGUAUACUUGUGCCGGAGUCAAAGAGGGAACAGCCAACGCUGGAGUGUACGAUUGUGGAGAAGGAUGCCCUGAGUGCCUUGCCCAAUGCCCGGCCAACCCCACCGCGGAGCAGAUCAGCAACUUCGCAGAUGUAGAAAACCUUGCAAGUGUUUCCAUUGCCGUCCCUGCUUCUUCAGGACAGACUGUCUUGGCUGAGGUCACUUGUGCUGAAGGAACUUCUCUGGCCUUUGACGCCGAAACCCAGUACGAUCUCCAGUGCAACAGCAAUGAAAAUAGCACCGAAAACAACGGAGUUUGGACCAUAGUUAACGAUCUUCCUGUCUGUCACCCUGGAUGUGGAAGUGACAAUGUUGAAGAAAUUGAAAAUGUUGAUACCGUUAUCAUCGGCGCAAAUGGAAUUCAGGGCGAGGCAAAAACUGGUGUUGUAAGUUGUGCUGCUGGUUAUGCUUUAGCUGAAAAUGUUAAUAUGGUAUUCGAGUUUACUUGCAGCGAAGGAACUUUCUACGCUUCUGCUGGAGUGCCCGAGUGCCUGAAGGAAUGCUCUGUCCCCGAGAGUGAGGAGUUUACUUUCUACAAUGGAGAUAUGGAGGUUAUGGAGGCUGGAAAUGCUGUGUCACCUGGAAGGAAUCACGUCGAGGUAAGAUGUGCUAAUGACACACUCAACCUGGUCGGACCCCCCACUAUGAGUUGCACCCCUGAGGGUGAUCUGGUUCAUGAUGAUGCCAAUCCCCCAUUCUGCGCCGAUACUAUCAUCUGCAACGCACCCAACGUACAGAAGGGAUCAACACACACUGGAAACAACCUCGAGAUUGGAGGAGUCUACACAAUUAGCUGUGACCCCAGCCAUUGGUUUGACACUCAAACAGUGAAAGAUUUUAACCCCGGAGAUUUGACCGCAAAUGGAUAUUCUGAAACAUCCGUCGAAUGCGCAGGAGAGGAUCUCCCAGAGUUCAUUUGCUACUUCGGAUGUCUUGCUCCCGAUUUCGCUGGAGGUGCUACAUAUCCAGACAUGGCCGAGUCGGGUUCAGCACCAUAUGAGAUGGGAGCUGUUGUUAACUUUGAGUGUCUCGCGGGAGCCGGAAUAGAGGAGGGAAGUGCUGAAGCAACUUGUGAAGUAGGGGGAAUUGGUGCCCCAGUUUGUGGCGCUUGCUCUUUCGCUCUCUCCUUAAUCCUCUCCUUCGCUCUGCUCCUGACUCUUUUGUAAAGAGUAAGUGAUCCCCAACAUCAUAUUACCGCCCUAACGUCACUAGGCAACGCUUCCCGCGUGCUCACACGUGCAACUAGGGAUUCUGUUCUGAGAUAUUUGAACUGAUGUAAAUUGAGAAGUACUGAUACCAUGGUAACGGUGAACUCUCACUAUCUCAGAGGAACAAGAAUAUAGAAUCUGAGAUUAAAGAUUUUGCAAAUGACACCAUUACCUUGUCACGUGAUUACCAUGGUGAUCAGAGGAUUGGAGACUUUUAGGGGGAAUUAUUGGAUCACCCGCGAUCCUGGGAUUUUUAUCACAAAAUCAAAAUUAUUUUGUUAUUCAUUUUUCAGUGUUGAGACUCAAGGUAUUAAAACAUUUAAAAAACAUGCCACCAUUAAAAGUUAUUAUUUUACGAUUUGUGGGUUAAAUUGGGACACUUAAAGUUUAAGUUUGCGAUCGUUAUUUAUUUAAAAUUUGGAUGAAUUUUUAAUCAUGUUUUUAUAGUGUACCAGUUCAGUGGUGCACACCCUGCUGGCGUGUUUCCAGUUACAGAUGGAGUUUCGUAUAUUUUGCUAAA